UAAAAUCCUAGAUGUAAUUGAUUGAUUGAUUGAUCGAUUGUUUUUCUUAAUUCUUCAUGUUUUCUCUUUGUUCUUGUUCUCAAUUUUUUCUUUUGUUUUCAAAUCAACCAACAGGGUGCCUACACGGAUAUUGUGUUUCACCAUUUCAAUGUAUUUGUAAACAAAAUUGGGGUGGAAUUCUAUGCGAUCAAGAUCUUAAUUAUUGUGGUACACAUGAACCUUGUUUGAAUGAUGGUCGUUGUGAAAAUAUUGCACCUGAUAAUUAUAGAUGUGUUUGUAAAAAAGGUUUUUCCGGUGUUAAUUGUCAAAUAGUUGAAGAUGCAUGUGCAACAACACCUUGUUUACAUGAUGGUACUUGUAUAACAUUAACAAAUGGAACGGAUUUUCAAUGCGUAUGUCGUCCGGGAUUUUUUGGUAAACGUUGUGAAAAUGAUCUGAAUGAAUGUUCAACACAACCAUGUUUAAAUGGUGCAACAUGUCAUGAUUUGGAGAAUAAUUAUCGUUGUACAUGUCCAAAUGGUUGGACUGGUAAUCGUUGUGAAUUGGAUGUUGAUGAAUGUUCAGCACUUUUAACACCAUGUAUACAUUCAAAUGCUUGUAUUAAUAUUAAUGGUAGUUAUAUUUGUGUUUGUAAAAAAGGAUUUGAAGGUUUAUUCUGUGAAAAUGAAAUCGAUGAUUGUAAACAUAACCAAAUUCAAUGUCAAAAUGGUGGUUUCUGUAUCGAUUUGAUUAAUGAUUUUCGUUGUGUUUGUUCAACCGGUUUUAUUGGGCCAAGAUGUGAUCGUAUUGAUGAAUCUGUUUGUGAAUCAAUACCAAAUCAUGUUUGGUAUUUGAAUGAAACUGAUUGUGAAAAAAUUUGUUUAUGUCGUGAAAAUUUUCAAGUUGAUUGUAAAUGUCAGCAACGAGAAGAACAAGAACAAGAAUCCACAAACAAUCAAUGUAAUAAUUUAAAAUCCAAACGAACAAAUCUUUCGGAAAUUCGUAUAAUAUUCGAUUCGAAUGUUGAUCCAAAACAAACAUGUACGACAAUACAAUCGAUACAUUCAUUGCUCACUAUCGAUAGUAAUCUUGAUAGUGAUUCGGAUGAUGGUAAUAAUGAAUUUUGUUGUCAACUUCGAAUAACGGAUAAUAAUGAUGAUACAACCAGUACCACGGGUAAUGAAAUAAUCAUCAAAGUAAAUAAACAAUCAAAACUUGCUCAAUAUAUUUCCCGUACACUAUUUCCACAUAUAUUACAUGUUAUUGUUAAUAUGGAAAAUAUUCGUCAAUCAGAUUGGACAUUGGUAAAUCUUUUGUUGAUACUUAUUUUUACAACAAUUGCUGUUUCGGGAAUUCUUUCAAUAAAAUCCUAUUAUCGUCGACGAAAACAUGAAUCGGAUGCUGAAAAUGUUGUCAUACAUUGUAUACAGAAUAAUUUGAAAAUUUCUCGACAAUCACCAUCACCAACAAUGAAUAUUAUUCGUCCACCAUCAUCAACAACGAAUCAAAAAUUAUGUAAUACUUUUGGUGGAAAUAAUCAUCAACAACAGCAAACGAUUGAUACAUUUCAUCGUACGAAAAUAUUACCACAAUCUUAUUGUACGAAAUUAACCGAUUUACCGGUAAUUAAUAAUAAUAAUAAAUUGAAAAUGAUUGAUUAAGAU